AUGCAAGAAGGGGGGACGAUGCGGCUGGGCAGACGUGCCAUAAUGUACACUGUGGAGACGGUUCCCAAGGGGAAGAACCGAGUGAUGGGGACCAUCCAGAUCAUGACUGGCUUCAUGCACAUCGGCUUCGGGAUCGUCCUGACAACCCUCACAAACGUCUACAGCUCUCUCUUUGUGGUUGGCGAGAUCCCAUUCUUGGGAGGAGUGUCUUUCAUCAUUUCUGGAUGCCUCUCAAUUGGAGCUGAAAAAAGCCCUACCGAGUGUGCGGUGAAAGGCAGCCAGACCAUGAAUGUCAUCAGUGCCAUCUUUGCACUACUGGGGAUCACGUCUUUUAUAAUAGAUCUGAAUUUAAAUGGCCUGUACCGUUCAGAGUUUGAUUAUUACAACUAUCUAGUGAUGGCAGGGAACGGGAUCUCCAUCGUGCUGCUGAUCUUCACGAUCCUAGAGUUCUGCAUUGCAGUUGCCACUGCACAUUUUUGGUGCCGAGCGACCCGUGCUAACUCCAAUGAGGCCAUGCUGAUUGUGCCGAAUGCUGUCAGGGCAGAUCCCCUGGUUCCCACCACAGAACUGCUCCAACCACCAAAUUACAACGAGGUGAUUUAUGAUCCCAAGGAUGAGGCUGAGUAG